UACGUCACUUUCAUUGCCACUCUAGUGUUCGCCAUGCUACGUUCAUAAUUUUUAUGACAUGUAGUUUUAAAAAAUACUUACUUUUCAGUUCUAUAGUUUAAAAUCUCUAUAAAUUAAUCAGUUAUCUGAUAUUUGUUCUUCAUUCCGUGUUAUGCAAUGCGCAGCAACAGUAUUGAUGGUGCAACUGUGAUAUUAUUUAUUUUAUAGUCUAGUGAUUUGUGAUAAUAGUUUGAUAAUUUAUUUUAGGGAGAAUAAUUCAAAAUGGACUUCGUAAUUGGCGGGUUGGCCGGCGCAGGCGCCACAUUAGUAACGAACCCUAUGGACGUGGUGAAGACGCGGCUGCAGUUGCAAGGCGAGCUGCGCGCACGCACAGAGACCAAAGCGCGGUACCGAGGCAUUUUCCACGCGCUCUACGUCAUCGCGCGCGCUGACGGUGCGCUCGCGCUCCAAAAAGGACUCGCGCCCGCAGUCUUACUGGGGUUCACUAUGAAUUCAGUCAGAUUAGGCCUAUACCACGUGGCUGAGGUACAGGGAUGGACUCAGAACAGUAGCGGCGUUAUGAGCGUGAACAAAGCAGUGUUCUGGUCCAGCGUGAGUGGGUACCUGAGCGGGCUGAUCGCCAACCCAAUGUCCGUCGUCAAAACCAGGAUACAAGCGGCCUCACAUCCUAGUAUUGCUGUUGGUAGGCAGCAUAGGUAUAAUGGAACGAUGGACGCUUUCUACACAAUCUACAAGACCGAGGGUGUCCGUGGAUUCUUCGCCGGCGUCAACGCGACUUGCACAAGACUUGCCAUCGGCAGCGCCGCGCAACUUACCACAUUCUCUGCCGCAAAAGAAAUGUUAAUCAACCGCAACAUUUGCGACAAGAAUUCUCCAUUCAUCCUGGCUUUCUUGGCCAGCUGCAUCAGUGGGGCCGCGGUGGUCGUUGCAAUAUGCCCUUUUGACGUCACCACAGUUCGACUUUACAACCAGGGUCCAGCCACGAGCAGCGGUCUCCUCUACAAUGGCGUCUUCGACUGUCUCCGCAAGAUUUACAAGACAGAAGGUGUUCACGGCCUUUACAAAGGCAUUGGUCCUCUAUACUUCAGGAUAGCGCCACACACUACACUCUCACUAGUCAUAUGGGACGUCCUAAAUACUAUGUUGCUAAAUAAAAAAGAUAACCGAUAAAAA